UUUCCUGCUUUCCUCUUGCGUUUUUUCCACAUUUAGAUUAAAAACAAAGCUCUCUCUCUCUUUCUCUCCCUUGUCCCCUCCCUCCUCCCCCUUCUUCUCAUCCUUCUUAUCCUUCAUCUUCUUUUCUGCGGCAGCAGUCAAGGCAGAGGCUUCAGUGUGUCAGAGAGAGGGUGAAGAGGAGGAAAAAGCAGAGAAGAAGACUGUUUGGACGGAGCUGAGUGUGUGUUUGUGUUUGUAUGUUUCGCCAUUGGGCGGCCGGGUGAAGGGGCACGAGGAGAAGAGUAGGAGGGGAAGAGGGGAGCCAGCCUGGAUGAAAUCCUCAGUGUCAUGUCACUACGUGUGAACCUUGACUGAUCACAGGCUGAGGUAAAGGGAGAGAGACACUGAGAGGAGGACGAAGAGGUGGAGAGAGAGAGAGAGGAGUAGAAACUGAGACUUUGAUUUGACUGGAAAAAGAAGAAGAAGAAGAAGAAGGAGGAAGAUCAGGAGGUAAAGUCCGGUGCUUUGUGUUUAUGUUUUAUCAUGACAUUGUUGGAUAAACGAGCUGACGGAAUGAGCCCUCCUCAGUUGUGUGUCAACGGGAAUUUGCCUUAGGAGACAGAGAGAGGGAAAGACUGGAAGAAAAGAAGGAGAGAGACUCUGGAGGAGUAAGACUGCUGUGUUCAACCCCGCUAAGGAGCAGGGACUGGACUUACUGAGUGUGUGAGAGCUUGUGAGUCCUGUGUGUGUGUGUGUGUAACCGGUGGAGGGCAGAGGAGUGGAGGGCCAGGUGACUAACCUGGCCAUCAAACGGACUGGCAGCCUCUCCUCUCCUGGGAUCAUGUACCCUCAGGGCAGGCAUCCGGUCCCCUUGCAGCCUGGCCAGUCUUUCAAGUUCACAGUCCUGGAAACUCUGGACCGCAUCAAGGAGGAAUUCCAGUUCCUCCAGGCGCAGUAUCACAGCCUGAAGCUGGAGUGUGAGAAGCUGGCCAGUGAGAAGACUGAGAUGCAGAGGCACUACAUCAUGUAUUAUGAAAUGUCCUACGGUCUCAACAUUGAGAUGCACAAACAGGCGGAGAUCGUCAAGCGUCUCAGUGCCAUCUGCGCUCAGAUCAUCCCUUUCCUCUCUCAAGAGCACCAGCAACAGGUGGUCCAGGCAGUGGAGAGGGCCAAGCAGGUCACUAUGGCUGAACUCAAUGCCAUUAUCGGGCAGCAGCAGCUCCAGCACCUGUCUCACCACGCCCCUGGCAUCCCCCUGACGCCACACCCAUCAGGCCUGUCCCUGGGCGCUGGGGGCUCAGGACUUCUUGCGCUGACGGGGGCCCUGGGGGUCUCGGCCCACCUUGCCUCCAAAGAUGAGCGCAACCACCUUGACCCCGAACAUCUCAGAGAGGGAGCACCCAGCAGGAGUAAGUCAGCGUCUUCUACAGACAGUCAGCCCAAUGAGGAGCGCCAGGGCCCGUCAGGAGGCUACUCCUCCUCGCAGGGAGGAGCUGAUGCAAAGAGGAGGCGCUGUGAUGACAAAGAGCCCCUUGCCCCACACUCCUAUGACAGCGAUGGAGACAAGAGUGAAGACAAUCUCGUAGUGGACGUCUCCAAUGAAGAGCCCAACUCUCCUGCAGGCAGCCCUCCUCACUCCCCCCACGGGAAUGGGUUGGACCGGGCUCCUACCCUAAGGAAAGAGCUCCCGGGCUCCUCAAACACAGGAGAGGCCCCCUCCACCCCAAACCCCCGCAGCCCCACCCCAGGGAAAGUCAAGGACCCCGCACAGAUGGAUAAGUCCCAGUCUCCAUUGUCCAAGUCUGGCACCCCAUCCCCGUCCCACCGUGAUGCCCUUACCCCUGGAGCACCAGGAGCCCCAGGAGCCCCUGGUCCCAGCACCUCCUGCCUUCGUCUGGUCAGCAAAGCAGCAUCGAGUGCAGACCCCCUUGCUCUCCGCAGUCCCAUGUCUGUGCCCCCCGGUUCAUACCCGGCUCAUUUUGGCGUGGUGUCCCACGCAGGACUGAAUGGGGAGCUGGCCAGCCCAGGAGGUUUCGCCGGGGCUCUGACCCUCUCCCCACAAAUCAGCGCAGCAGCCAAUGCCUACUCCCGAAGCCCCAUGGUGGCGUAUGACUCUCGGUCUCACCUGAGGGCCCCAGGGCUGUCCUCCUCUUUGCCUGGUUCCUCUGGUGGCAAACCUGCCUACUCGUUCCACGUGAGUGCAGACGGCCAGAUGCAGCCGGUGCCCUUUCCCCCUGACGCCUUGCUGGGACCAGGAAUCCCACGCCACGCCCGUCAGAUUCACAGCCUGAACCACGGAGAGGUGGUGUGCGCCGUCACCAUCAGCACCUCGACGCGUCACGUCUACACAGGAGGCAAGGGCUGCGUCAAAGUGUGGGACAUCAGCCAGCCGGGGAGCAAGAGCCCCAUGGCCCAGCUGGACUGUCUGAACAGGGAUAAUUACAUCCGUUCCUGUAAAAUCCUCCCCGAUGGGCGAACCUUGAUUGUAGGAGGUGAGGCCAGCACGCUGUCGAUCUGGGAUUUGGCCACGCCCACUCCUCGCAUCAAGGCGGAGCUGACGUCGUCUGCUCCCGCCUGCUACGCUCUGGCCAUCUCCCCUGACAACAAGGUCUGCUUCUCCUGCUGCAGUGACGGAAACAUCGUCGUCUGGGACCUUCACAACCAGACUCUGGUCAGGCAGUUCCAGGGCCACACAGACGGAGCGAGCUGCAUCGACAUCUCCAACGACGGCACCAAACUGUGGACAGGAGGGCUGGACAAUACUGUCCGCUGCUGGGACCUCAGAGAGGGACGCCAGCUCCAGCAACACGACUUCACCUCGCAGAUCUUCUCUCUGGGCUACUGUCCGACAGGCGAGUGGCUGGCUGUGGGAAUGGAGAGCAGUAACGUAGAAGUCCUGCACGUCUCCAAACCUGACAAGUACCAGCUGCACCUCCACGAGAGCUGCGUUCUCUCCCUCAAGUUCGCCUACUGUGGGAAAUGGUUUGUGAGCACAGGAAAAGACAAUCUGUUGAAUGCAUGGAGGACACCUUAUGGAGCUAGUAUUUUCCAGUCCAAGGAGUCCUCUUCUGUGCUGAGCUGUGACGUCUCACCGGACGACAAGUACAUAGUGACGGGCUCUGGAGACAAGAAGGCCACGGUGUACGAGGUGGUGUACUGAGGGCCGUGACAAGAUAGGAAGAGACAGGCAGGAGAUUUUGGGGUGAUUUUUUCUUUUUUUGUGUGGGGGGGGGGGCAACCAGUCGCUCUUGAUCCUCAUUACAUCAGCAACAGCAGCACCCCCAUCUCGCUCCCCCUGACCCUUGCCCCAAAUACAUUACCCCCCCUCCCCCUUUUCGGUGUGAUAUAAACUACUGUGGAAGCUCCCAAAUGCCCCCCCCCCUUCCUCUUUCAGUUCAAGGAAGAAGCAUGAUAGCAGAGAGAAAGACAGAGAGAGAGGGAGGCAGAAAGGGAAACAGCGAGAUAAGAAGGACAAAGGAAAAGGGCGGUGGAGCAUAAAGAUAAGGUGGGGAAGCGAAUGAGGGAAAGACAAGGAGGAGAGAAAGUGAGAAGGAAGAGAAAUGACAGGGAGGAAGAGGAGGAGGAGGAGGAGGAGGGAGGCAGGGUAAUUAGGGCUGUUUCCUGAUUAAGAGCUCAGUGGAAGGGAGGCCCCCAGAGGAGGCGCGGAGCGGCACUGUGGGAGCGCCAGCCAGGAGCACUGAUACCACACAAUCGAUUCAUUAGCCAGACAGUGGAAGCCUUAAUGAGGCUGACGCCGCAGCUCGCUCUCCCCAGCGAGAGGUGUCAGGAGCUGGGGAAGGAUGACGCUCCGAGAUGGUGGGGGCUGCUUCAGAUGUCCUCACACACUGACGUGAAACAUGGACCUGCUCACAAAAACACACACAGACGCACACAAGGCUCACGUCAUCAAGCAACAAUACACAUACACACACGCACCACACACACACACACUAAGAUACACCCCCUUGAGGUAAUCACAGGAAGACAGAAACACACACACACAACACGCAGAGCACCCAAUUAAACAUUCAUCGUAGCGCUCCUCGUCUCACUGCUUAAUAUCUAUUUUAUUUUGGUCUGACAAAGGCAGCGUCUAAUGAGCAGCGGAGUCAAUGGGAUUCUCCCAGGGCCCACAGACACAAACAGAGAGCAUCAGCCGAGCUGUUCCCUCUAAUUCCUCUGGAUUGUUCUCCUGACACCGGGCGCUGCACUCACUCUCAUUAAAGGCACUGUCAGCUAGAUGAAGUAGCAGCACGCCAAGUUCACUGUAAGGCAGAAAAGAGGGCAAAUUAACACUCCCCGAUUAUGCUAUCAUCAGCAGCCAACUAAGCAGCGACUAAUCCGAAUCCUUUUAAAUUGUAUGCAACUAGUUGCUGUUGUCAUUUGCAAACCAGAUGAGAUUACGUGUUUAUCGGAGUCAUUACAUCCAUCUCUGCCUGCCUGCUGAUGUGCGAGUGUUCAAAGUGCUCUGGCUAAAUCUUCAGUAAGCUAUUGAUUAAAUGAGAUGCUAAAAAAAAAAAAAAUAACCCCUUAAAGGAAAAGUUCGACAUUUUGAGUGCUUAUUUGCUUUCUUGACAAGAUUUAGAUGAGAAGAUCAACACUCUUCUUGUUCGUAGGUCAAGUAUGAAGCUACUGCCAGUAGCAUGUCAACCUUAGCUUAAAGCCUGAAAACAGGUAAACUGUCACAAAAUCCAGCUACCAGCACCUUUCAAGUUCAACAAAAACUGAAGGGUGAAAAAAAAGACUAUUUCUUGUCCACUGGUUUCCACUUGGUCCCAGCCAAGAAAAAGUCAUAUGACAGCCCUGUAAAAUGGAGAAAUAUGUUACACUUCAAUUAUGAUUAAACAAGCAAGAUAAAAAGUUUUAAUUGGGGGGUCCACGGGUAAAUUUUGUUACCUUUAGCUAAGAGUUUCCAUUUGUUUCCUGUCUAUAUGUUGAGCUAAGCUAACAGCUAGCUAUAGCCUCAUAUUUACUGUGCAGAUGUUAAGACUGGUAUCAAUCUUCUCAUUGGCGUGUCAGCGAUAAAAGUGAAUAAGUGUCUUUCCAAAACAUCGAACUAUUCCUUUAAACUGGAUUACCUUACUUUUCACUCCUCCUUGUAUCAUAUUCCAAACUGGCAGGCAAACUGUUUAUCAGAGCUCUCUGCUUCUAUAGAACAUGCGUCAUCAGUGUGUAGAAUAAAAAGGCACAUCUCCAGCUUUUCUUUUAUUACUCAUUUAUUUCAGUAUUUUUUAUGAAUUGUGAUUGCUCGUCUUAUCUAACGAUAUGUUUAUGUAUUGGGGUUUGCCUAUGACUGUGUUACGGGUUUUGGGGGAGCAAACGGAGAGGGACGCACUCACACAUGGACGCUUACAAAGUCAAGUGGAACACAGGUGGGGAAAAUAUCUUUGUUCUGUUAUCUUUUUUUUUUUUUUUUUUUUUUUUUUUUAAAUCCUUGGUGAUGGUGACAAGCAGAGAAAAAAAAUAAGACCCUCUGUUUUCUGUCUUCUGUUUGUUGUUUCUUUUUCCAAAAGUGGUAUUAAAUGUGCUAUAGUCUAUUUUCAGUCCUUAUUGUGCAACUAAACUAUGUCUCUCUUGAGUCUGUGGUCAGUGUACAGCAGGCAUCGGCUGCGACAUGACGAUACAGAUUUAGCCAUCGAAGAGGUCCCACUUUUUAGUGCGUGCUUGUCGCGCUAAAACUCCACUUCUGCUGAUAGAGCGAGACACAUUCAGUGUUACUCAGUAGGUGCAGUGAAUGGUCUCACAGCAGCAGUUCUACAGAGGGAUGAAUUUUACAAUACAGUAAGCAGUUUAGUUCCAACUGUAUAAACUUUAAGCAGGAUCUUGUCUGCGUUUCACACUGCAGCCUGAGUGCAGGUUAGAAGAAUUACGAGGGACUUCUACAAUGGCUACUGUACCAGUGAAGAGUCAGAGAUCAUCUGUACAGUUUAAUGCCUUUGCCUGCCUCGCUCCCUUUCUGCUCGUCAGCCACAGGCAGACCUAAAUGUAAUUCUCAUACACAAGCUUGUAUAAUACUCAGAAUGAUGCUGUACAGUAUAAUGGCUAUGCAUUUGGUGGUAUAGCGUGAAUAUUCGGGACAUUGUAUUUGAUACUCUUCUUUAACUGUCAGUAACAACCCCCCCCACCCCCAACCCGCCUGUGCUUUCUCUGUUCCAACUCUAUAAAAAAAACGUUUUAUUUCCAUUUUACAAGCCCAUGUUUGGUUUCUCUUUUAAAAAGCCAAGGAACCUUUUUUUUUUUUUUUUUUUUUUUUAAAUGCACUGUGUCUUCUCCCCUCCUGAUGCGUUUCCCAUGUGCUGAACAAGAAAUACUGUGUGUGAAAAAUAAACCAAACUUGUGUUCAUCCUU